AUGGCCAACUUCUUUGUGUCGAAGACCUUCACUGCACUUUCAGAUCUGUAUCCAAAUAUGGCUAAUCUGAAAAUAAUCGGUAUAGUUAUUGGGAAAACAGAUGUCAAAGGCUUUCCAGACAGAAAAAAUAUUGGAUCAGAAAGGUACACUUUCAGUUUCACCAUUCGAGAUUCACCAACCCAUUUUGUAAAUGUAACAUCCUGGGGCAAAGAAGAUUACAUCAAGUUGCUUUCUGACAGCUUUAGAGUUGGCGAGUGUGUGAUAAUUGAAAAUCCCCUGAUCCAAAGAAAGGAAAUAGAAAGAGAAGAAAAAUUCAGCCCUGCGACUCCUAGCAACUGUAAGCUAUUGCUCAGUGAGAAUCACUCAACGGUAAAAAUUUGUUCCGGUUAUGAAGUGGACGCCAAGUUACUUUCUUUGAUACAUUUACCUGUUAAAGAGUCUCGUGAUUAUUAUUCACUGGGUGACAUUGUUGCAAAUGGACACAGUCUUGAUGGGAGGAUUAUUAAUGUGCUUGCAGCUGUGAGGUCGGUUGGAGAGCCAAAAUACUUUACAACUUCAGACCGAAGAAAAGGCCAGAGGUGUGAAGUUAAACUCUAUGAUGAAACAGAGUCUUCUUUUGCAAUGAUAUGUUGGGAUAAUGAAUCUAUUCUACUUGCACAGAGCUGGAUGCCGCGAGAUACAGUAAUUUUUGCCUCAGAUGUAAGAAUAAAUUUUGACAAAUUUCGGAACUGCAUGACAGCAACUGUAAUCUCUAAAACCAUUAUUACAACUAAUCCAGAUACACCAGAAGCUAACAUCCUACUGAAUUUUAUAAGAGAAAAUAAAGAAACAAAUGUCCUGGAUUAUGAAACUGACAGUUAUUUGAAAGAAUCCAUAAAUUUAAAUACAAUAGUCGAUGUCUAUACAGUUGAACAAUUAAAGGUAAAAUCUGUGAAGAAUGAAGGAAGAGCUGAUCCUUUCUAUGGCAUUCUUUAUGGUUACAUUUCUACACUGAACAUUGAUGAUGAAACUACAAAAGUAGUUCAAAAUAGAUGUUCCAGCUGUGGUUAUGUUGUAAAUGAAGCAUCCAACACUUGCAAAACUUGCAACAAAGAUUCUUCAGAACUUAAAUCUGUUCUUCCCAGCUUCAACAUGCUGGUUGAUCUCACUGACCACACAGGCACCCUCCGCUCCUGUAGUCUCACAGGAGGUGUCGCUGAGGAGACUUUGGGCUGCACGGUAAAUGAGUUUCUUGCAAUGACGGAUGAACAGAAAACAGCAUUAAAAUGGCAAUUUCUUUUGGAAAGAAGCAAAAUUUACUUAAAAUUGGUUUUAUCACACAGAGCAAGGGGUGGAUUGAGAAUGACCGUACUCUCAUGUAAGCUUGCAGAUCCUAUUGAGGCAAGUGCGAACUUGUCUGGACAAGGACGUGUUUAA